AUCACUUAUCAUCAUCAGCCAGGCUUGCCCCUCACUCUCUUCUUAUCCCCAAGCUACCUAGCUAAGCUUAUAUAUGCAUUCCUCACCUACACCCGAGAUCGAUCAGUUCUGAGAGCGAUCGCGAGGUUAAUAAGUUUCAGUGGAGAGCUUCAAGAUAACAGCAAAGAUAUAUAUAGCUCCGGCAAGAGUAUCGGAAUCACAUCUGUUGAUGGAUUCUUCAAAGUGGGUGAACACUUCUCUUGGCCUCAAUCUUGUUCCUGUUGACUCACACCACGCCAUGGACCAAGAUCAACCUCCUUUGCCGAUGUUCACUAAACAAGUAGAAGAGUUUGAAGGAGAAUAUGCUAUAUUUGAAAGCAACCUACGAUCACCGAAACAAGAGACAGGUGCAGGUGCAGGUGGUACUGUGUUAAUGGCUGAGGAAUUGAACAGGAUAACUUUGGAAAACAAGAAACUGACUCAGAUGUUAGCUGUACUAUGCGAGAAUUACAACGCUCUGGAAACCCAUGUGAAGGAGUUGAGGACCAACAAACAGCUGCCCUCUGAAAACGAGUUGAUCUCAUCAGGAAAUACCUGCAGCUUGGCCAAGAAGAGAAAGUCACCAGGCAAUGAUCAUCAAGACUAUUGCAAUAACGUCAAUAUGAUUGGAUUUAGUACAAAUACAAUAAGUACUGCAGAGACCAGCUCUAGUGACGAAGAAUCAUACAAAAGGCCCAAGGAGAUGAUGAGUGACAUGAACCUCAAGAUUUCUAGGGCUUAUGUUCGCUGUGAUGUCUCUGAUACGCGCUUGAUUGUGAAGGAUGGAUUUCAAUGGAGGAAAUACGGUCAAAAGGUAACCAGAGAUAAUCCUUCUCCUAGGGCUUACUACAAGUGCUCUUUUGCCCCAUCUUGCCCAGUUAAAAAGAAGGUUCAGAAAAGUGCGGAAAAUCCAUGCUUUUUGGUGGCUACAUAUGAAGGGGAACACAACCACAUACACCCUGCCGGACCUCAAGUGAUAACAAUAGAUCACCAAGGCCAUUCCAGUAAUAUUUUUGCACCAAAGAUAUCAUCAUCACCAUCUUCAAGUCCUACUAGUACUGUGUCGACUAUGUCUAUGUCGUCGUCAUGUGUACUUGACAGCUCGACAGAACCAGGUUCAUCAUUUGGUCACAAGCCAAAUCAAGGAAGGGAAGCUUUCGAUGAUCAAUAUGAUGAGAAGGCUACUAAUUUUCCACAGCUUUUGGUCCAACAGAUGGCUUCUUCGUUGACAAAAGAUCCCAAUUUUACAACUGCCCUUGCUGCUGCAAUUUCUGCAGGAAGAUUUAACAUUUUAGACCAGCUGCCUCAACCUCAUCCUCCCAUCCCAAAAUGGUGAUCGCGCGAAUUGCUGUAUAUUAAAAAGCUAGUUAACAAGCUAGAGCGCGCUAGAGAUCCAUAUGUAUUAGUAGAUUUCGAACAUAGCCCUGAUCCAUAUGGCCGGCUUUCUCAUGUUAAUUUUCUCAAGUUUAUGUGUUUUGAUGAUAUCUAUGUCGACCUUUAAGAGUUGUAAACUGUUCUUCGAUCGAUCUGCGUAUAUAAAUAUAUAGUCUUGUACUUUG